AACACCUUCACGGCACACAAUUGCUCAAUAUGUUUAUGUCAGGUGGCGCCAUCUAUUAAAAAGUUUGAUAAACAUUUUCGUUGCUAAGCAAACUUACGGCAAGCCUCUAUUGACAUAACGCGCUGUUUUAUUAUUGUUACAAGGACUAUAGUGAAUGCAAGCUUCAUUAUAAGAAAUAUGAAUAAAAACGUUCUUCGCCCCGUAGUGGACGACCAAGAGCCACGUAUUAGUGUUAUUUGUCUUGGUCCAACGGGAUCAGGUAAAACGACUUUGUUGAAAAGGCUACAAGAGGCCGAAGGUAUUGACAAUACCUAUAGUCCGGUACCCACCAUAGGAACUAAUAUUUAUGAUAUACACUACGUUAAUAAGAGUGGGAAAAAACAAACAUUAAGUAUACGAGAAGUCGGCGGAGAGAUGGCGUCACUAUGGAAUAAUUAUUUGGAAGGAGUUGAAAAGGUCAUAUUCGUAGUGGACACAUCUAAUCUGUGUCAAAUAUCGGCGGCAGCUCUCAUGCUGUAUACAUUAUUGGCCGAGCCCUGUCUCAAACAAGCUAAGUUCAUCCUAGUGCUAAGCAAGAUGGACUUGGCUUACCGUCAGAUGAGGAACGAAGCCCUGCUGAUGCUGCAGAGCCGCCGACUGCUGGCGGAGCUCCCGAGACCCCCAACCAUUCUCGAAGCAGCGCCGCUUACCGGCGAGGGUCUGCUGGAGCUGAAGGCGCAGCUCACCAAUCAGAAGAUUAAACCUGCAAUAUAAAUGGUAGACGUGUAACCUUUUAGCGACAGGUGCAAAACAUGAAAAUAGUACAUUGUGCAACGAGGGGGGUAAGUGAAAUUUUGCAAACAAGGCCUUUUUGCAUUAAAGACUCGAGUUUGCAAUAUUCUUCCCCCGGAGUUACACACAAUGUUUUAAUCACACUUGCGAAGAAAAAACUAAAUUUUAAGUGUUAAAUACGGUGAUAUUUUAAACAUUCGUCCGCCAUAUUGUCAUUCUUUGACAAAAAAAGCAUUGAUGCGUAUCCGGCAUUCAGCCGCGAUUGAAAAUUCUG